UGCUAAAUACCAAAGCCUGUUACCAUUUUGAGCUUUGGACCCCAAAUUUGAGUAGGCCGGUCUGAACUGGACCAACGGCCCAGAUCGUCACAGCUCGGCCCACACCGGAAACGGCAAGAAACACACCGGAAACGGCAGAGCGUGUCAUGACAUCUCUAGAGAAGUGCCGGAAACUCCAAGAAAAACCUUCGUCCUCGACUUUGCUCAAAACAAAAGAGCGCCAGACUUCCCUCACUUCCACACACUCCUUCGCCUGAAUGCUCACCGGAAUCGCCGCUUCCACACUCCGACUAGGCCUCAUGUCAGGCGCUAUGGCGAUGUCGUCUUCUACCAAGUCCUCUCUCAGCCUGAGAAAUCCUAGCUUGUCAUAUGCUUCGAGCUCUACGCUCUUCAAUUGCCGCGGAGGAGGAGGAGCUGGAGUAAUCGGGAGAAGUCGCGUUCGUUUCAACUCCCCGCUCAUUCGCGGUUUUUCGCUUCGUUGUUUUGCUUCGUCUUCUUCCAGUUCUGAUCGUGUUAAAGUUCAGAGUCCGAUUGUUGAAAUGGAUGGUGAUGAAAUGACUAGGAUCAUCUGGAAAAUGAUCAAAGAUAAGCUGAUAUUCCCGUAUCUUGACCUGGAUAUCAAGUAUUUUGACCUGGGAGUAACUAAUCGUGAUGCUACUGAUGACAAAGUCACCAUAGAAAGUGCUGAGGCCACCCUCAAGUACAAUGUUGCUGUCAAAUGUGCCACGAUAACUCCUGAUGAGACUAGAGUGAAGGAGUUUGGCCUUAAGUCAAUGUGGAGGAGCCCUAAUGGCACGAUUCGAAACAUCUUAGAUGGUACUGUUUUUCGUGAACCAAUUAUCUGCCGCAACAUCCCAAGAAUUGUUGCAGGUUGGAAGAAACCCAUAUGCAUUGGUAGGCAUGCCUUUGGGGAUCAAUAUCGUGCCACAGAUGCUGUUAUAAAAGGUCCAGGAAAGCUGAAAAUGGUUUUCGUCCCAGAAGGUGGUGAUACCCCAUUGGAGCUUGAUGUCCAUGAUUUCAAAGGCCCUGGAGUGGCACUGGCAAUGUAUAAUGUUGACGAGUCUAUUCGAGCGUUUGCUGAGUCAUCAAUGACAAUGGCAUUUGCAAAGAAGUGGCCUCUAUACUUGAGUACCAAAAACACAAUUCUUAAAAAAUAUGAUGGCAGGUUUAAGGACAUAUUCCAGGAUGUUUACGAACAGAAGUGGAAGGAUAAGUUUGAAGAACAUUCAAUUUGGUACGAGCAUCGGCUAAUAGAUGACAUGGUUGCAUAUGCGAUGAAAAGUGAAGGUGGAUAUGUCUGGGCUUGCAAAAAUUAUGAUGGAGAUGUCCAAAGUGAUUUACUUGCCCAAGGAUUUGGCUCGUUGGGUCUUAUGACAUCCGUGCUGAUUUCUUCCGACGGAAAGACGCUAGAAGCUGAGGCAGCUCAUGGAACUGUCACUAGGCAUUUCAGAUUGCAUCAGAAAGGCCAAGAAACCAGCACAAACAGUAUUGCUUCAAUUUUUGCAUGGUCGCGAGGACUAGAGCAUAGGGGAAAACUGGAUAAGAACGAAAGGCUGCUUGAUUUUGUUCAGAAGUUGGAGUCUUCAUGCGUUGAAACAGUUGAAUCAGGCAAAAUGACCAAGGAUCUGGCAAUCUUGGUCCAUGGCCCCAAGGUAUCAAGGGAACUUUACUUGAACACAGAGGAGUUUAUAGAUGCAGUGGCAAAGAAUCUGGAAUCAAAGCUCCGGGAACCUGCUGCAGUUUGAUGGGCAUAGCAUCCAGCUGCAUCUAGUGGUGGUUUGGAGAAAAACACGACCAAUUCAGACAUUUCCAUAAUGGGGUGAUAGGAUUUUAGCAUAGAACAUAUACUUGAAGUUCUCAUUUUCUUUGGAAAUAAAGUUGUAACGACGAUUCAGUUUCAACUUGGUGAUGGUCUUGUUCAAAAUUAACUAGAACAGAGGCCAUUGGGAUUUCGCCUUGCAAUCAAUAACACUUGGUAACACAUUCCUGAUUACAGCUCCUAUGACUCCUAACAAAAUUCUCAGACAUAUGACAAGAUCAUGUCUCAUAAACUGUCAUGAGAGAUACAGAAAUCCAUAUAUCACGCUUGUGCAGAGGUGCAAGUGCAAGAAUCAAGUGCGUCGGUGUUUGAUGGAUCACUGAAUGUACUUUGGGAUUUCCCCCUUCUUCAUCAUACCAAGAGCAUAUUCAGCUGUGUCAGUGAGGUCCUUGAUAUUGUGGACGGAUCUCUCCUCGGAUCCCAGCAGGAAAAUGGCACGAACCUCAGCCUUCCUUGCCAAUCUUGCAGCUAAAUUCAGAGGCAAACUUGGAGAGUUCAGACUGCGCAAUAGUUGUCUGUAGAGAGACAGUACAUAUCCCCUAUUACUUGCCAAGUCCUCAGCUGCCGCCCAAAUCUUCAGGCCUCUCGUUGCCAUACCUGAAAUGGAGAAAAAAGGAAAAAUCAAUUGUGAGGAAAAAUAAGACCAAAAGGCCAAAUCCAAUAAAAACCGUCAUGACAAACACAUUCAGCUAUACAAACUACUGCAAAACCACGAGACCCUCAGACAAUUCAUCGAACACAUGGCGUGCGCCUUCAAAUUCAUUAAUUCUCUUGUUAACACAGCUCAACUCAAGUACAUAUUCUACCGACAGAAUUUCGCAUUCCAGGCAAAAUUUCAGAAGCAAGCAAGACCCGAUUCCCUCCUUUUCUCUCUUUACUCACGCAUCCCAUAAAGUACCCAAAACAGUGUAGUUACCCAAAUUUAUGAUAAUAUAUAAACCUGAAAUGCCAAAACUGCAGCGAGAAAAAGGAUACUGAAGAAGUCGGAUCAAUGUCGCCGGGCGUCCACACUCUGGUAUAGGCCCCGGCGAACGACUUUGCCAGCAAUCCGGCAGCGACGGCUCUCCUCCAAACUCCACCUCACUUACACCCACCAGGGGAAGGGUCGGAGUAGAGGAAGCAGGAGGGCGGCGGGUGUGGACCGUCGGCGUUGGCGGAACGUGGAGACUACGCGCAGAGCAGAGGAGAAGGAGGAGGGCGGCGGGACUGAAGGGCGGCAGGACUGGAGUCGGCGGGAGGCGGCGAUGUGGAGGCGCGGACCAGAGUAGCAGGGGGAGGGCGGCGCGCGCGCGGUAUGGAUUCGAAGUUCGAACGUCGGCGCCCGGCGGGGAGGUGGGGACUUGGAGGCGCAGAGCAGAGGAGUAGCAGGGGGAGGGCGGCCGGCGACUGGAAUGGAGACGGGAUCCCGAUUCGGGCGGCGACGGGAAUGGAGACGGGAGGAUUUGGUGGCGGCGUGCUGCUCUCUGCACUCUGCUGGGAGGUUUGGUGGCGGCCAAAAUUUGGGGUUGGAGGAGGUCAUUCAAAUGCCACAUUAUAGAUAUUAGGGUUUUACCUAUAUCCGGGUAUCCACGGGUCGGGUUCCCCCAAACCCGAACCCGAACCAACCCGCCCAGCGGAUUUUAAUCCGAAUCCGACCCGAACCCAGUCAACACGGAUUUUACCCGGUUUGACCGGAUCGGGCGGGUACCCGCAGGUCCGGAUUUUAUUGCCAUCCCUAGCCUUUAGGCAAGGGAUUAUCACGCACACGCCGGCCGCCGGCGUUUCUGUUUUGACUUUUGACCCGCAAAACCACCGUCGACAGGCCCACUUAUCCGGCCCAUUCGGCCCACACAAACUUGAAUGAUAAAGAAACACGAGAAUCUGCA